GGAAGUUAUCCCGUUUGUUUCCCCUUGCCUCCAGGACCAGGAAUUCUAUAUAUUUAGAGUUUAAAUCAUGCCGAAUUGCCUUGUGUCUGCUUGCAAUAACAAAACUAACAAAACAACACAUGCAAAAGGAAUAAAAAUGCAUUGCUUCCCAGCGAACAUUAAAACUAUUAAGUUAUGGCUUUUGCAGAUCGGCCAAAACUUUGGUGAUAUUGAUGCCUUUGCACAAAAAAUACUGGAUCAGAAGAGAAAUGGUGCUUAUCGUUUGUGUUCAGAGCAUUUUCUACCUGAAAGUUAUGUGGACCAUUAUGAAACAAAGCGGCUUAGAACAGAUGCGUUGCCCUCAAUUUUUCCUAACCGGAAAACAGCUCCUGCUUAUGCUGAAAUAUGUGCCCCGUUAAAUGGAGCCCAAAGCUCACCUUCUGCAAAUUAUACCAGAUUUCCAUCUGCCUUUAAAGUAAAUGCUUUAGCCGCAAAGCCCUCUCUGAGCACUCCAUAUUAUGUAGGAGAAGAUGGUCAUCCUUAUCCCAGCAAUAUAUCCAUGGGGCAAGCAAUUUGCAAAUGCGUACAUAAGAAAAUGGUUGACGCAAGCACGCUCACAGAUCCGGCAAUGUUUUCCAAAGAUGAAUCUUUGCCGUGGCAAAAGAUAAACGAAAGUGGCAAAGUAUUGAAAAUAAAAGAUGAUCAGCACACUGAUUUCUUCAGAAAGAAUUUCCACGAUACUUCAGCGAACGCUGACUCUUAUAGGAUUAUUUCUGAUGACCCACCACAGAGUCAGGUACGGGUUUCUGGAAUCCAAGAGACACUUGAAGUUUCCUCCUACAAAGCAAAAACUGACAAUAUUCCAAAUAUUUCCAGCAAUUCUGUAGUAACAGGACCACCCUUCUCCAUGCACUAUGACAUUGCAAUCAGAGAUCUUGUGAAUGAAAGAAAGUUUAUCGUUUUUGAGUCUUGCCUUGAUGUCUUGCUUCUCAAGCUUCCCUGCAGGUUUGAUGUGGACUGCACUGCUCAUAUUGUUGAACUUGAGAAGCACAUAAAGGGUUCCUGGUUGUCCGUAUUUGGACGCUGUUACAAAGGCCACCACUUUCAUCUUUGGGACAGCCAGCCUGUAGUAGGAGACAUUGCACUGGGAAAUCUUUUGUCCUCCGCUGCUGUGCUUUUUAGCGGCUCUGGCUUUUAUAAAGUUGAAGAAAUGAGUCAACUUCUAGGCCUACAGCUUAUUUCCUAUGAUACAUACUAUAAAUACCAGCGCAUGUUCCUGUUUCCUACAAUUGAUAAGCACUGGCAAUAUGAGCGCAAAAGGCUUAAAGAAGCAAUGGGAUGCAAAAAGAUGUGCCUUUCUGGAGAUAAGCAGGUCUCCAAGUACUCUACGUACACAUUCGCUGAUGUUGAGACAAAACGUAUUCUAGAUUUUCAAGUUGUCCAGCAGUCAAAGACAACUACAUCCCUUGCAAUGGAAAAGCUAGCCUUUGAAACCUGCUUAAAUCGACUUCUGGAAGAGAAUUUUGUUGUUGAGGCCAUUGCAACAGACCAACAUCCUGCUAUAAAAGAAAUAAUGUGUGAAAAAUACAAUCCUGUCGUUCACAAGUAUGAUAUUUGGGUGUGUGCCCAAAAGGUAAAAAGACAGUUGAUAGCUGCCAGCAAAAGGAGAAAUUGUUCACAUAUUAGCAAGUGGAUUCCUGCAAUCAUCCAACACUUGGAAUGGUCUUGGAGAACCAGUCAUGGGGAUGCAGAACUUCUGUGUGAGAAGUGGCAAUCACUACUCCUGCACAUUACAAACCACAAUAAGCGUGAUGCUUCCAGAGUGUGCCAUGCAUGUUGCCAUAAAGCUCUGAAUUGCUUUUCACGGUCACUUCCCUGGAUCAAGAAAUGGAGUCUGGCGUUCCAUGCUUUACGAGGCGUGAUUUUUUCCUCCAAACUUGCAAAAGACUUGGCCUGUCUUUCUCCAUUUAGUAAUGGAAGAGAAAUUAAGUUAUACCAUCGUUUUCUUCAAAAAUAUAGACCCAGUGAAGUCUAUUUCAGGAUGGAUGCUGUGGAUGCAAGGACCAAACUAGCAGCUCUUACAUACAAUGAAAAUGUGCACAUGGGACACACAAAGCCUAAAGUAUCCUCAAAAGUAAAGGAAAGUGUUUGCCUACAGAGACACAAAGUAGUUUACUCUGGAACCAACAGCCCAUCUGAACUGAAAUCACCACCCAAAUUAAACUCAAAUGCUCAUUUGCGGAAGAUGAUGUUGGAUGCUAUAAAAUUGUGCUCCCUUAACCAGAUCCAGAACUGCAAUUCAAGGUUCACCCUGCUCCAAGGUGCAAAAUAGUCACCCAAAAACUGGCCGAUCUUCUGGUUAAUUUGCUACUGGUCCAAGUUGAUAGGUCAACGUCUUUAAAACUGAUGCCAAACUAUUUUCAUUGAUAUAAUGCUGUUCAGGGUUAAAGAAAAAGAAGUGAUUGUCGGUGCUCAUUUGAGUUUUGUGCAGUUCAUUACAAUUCAAGGUGUUCCUUCUCAUGCCAAAGGUUUUUUUUAUUUUAUACCCAAUGCGAGUGUUUUAUGACGAUUCCCAUGAUUUUAACUUGCGCCUCACAAACUCAUAUUUAUUUCUGUGACAUUAAAGUAAAAUUUUUAAGCAGCUGACAAAUUGUAGCUGCCAUGGUUUUAUGUUCAGUAACCCAAAUACAAUUACAAAGCACAGUCUGUACUGUAACCCUGUUUCGAUGAAUAAACGGUGGAAAUAGUGCUUUUUAAAUUUAAUUUUUGAUGCAAUAAUAAAGUAUAGCCAGUUUUGUAAGUAA